AUGGAAUCGCCAGAACAACCUACCACAUCAACGGCUAACAAUCAAGCGGGUAAAAUACUCUCACUAUGCUGGAAUGCUGGCGCCCUGGCCGCCUCAUACUACGACAUCGAUCAACUGGAACUGUACGCCGUACAACAGGCCAUCGAACCACGUCCCCAGUACGUGCUGCUUCGAGAUCUUGUCCGUCGCUACCAUCCUUUGUUCUACGUCAUCUCCGGUCCAAGCUGUUUCCUCGAAGACUGCAUCGAACUGCUGGGUCUGCCGGUUGCCGCGAACGAUUCCGCACCCGGCAAUCCUGGGCAAUCACGCAACACCACCGAAAUACCAACCCAAGCACCCAACGUGAAGGUGGUCGAGUUUUCCACACACACCCAAACGAUCGCCAAAGCGCGGCUACUCGCACUGAAAGUUCCCGGCAUGCCAGCCCAAUCCGACGAAGCCGAGUGCCGAACAUUCCUCGAGAGUUUGCUACCGUUCGAGCAGGAGCUGUUGGUGCUGAGCGUCGGAAAUAUGCUGCUUCUGCUGGACGGUGUUGGUGACGGGUUGUCUCCAGACCAGCUGGUAACGAGGAUCAAUCUCGUUACACCCAGCACGCAGCUCAUCAUCGAUGGGUUAACGUACGAGGCACUGCAGAUAUUCGAUGCCAGCCGGCAUCCGUCAGGAUUCAAGCGUGGCACGGACACUCGCGGGUUGUCGGUGUACAGCCUGUUCAACCGGUGUUGCUCGAAGAAUGGCUCCGAAUGGCUCAGCCGUUUGAUGGCGCAACCAAUCCGCGACCGGCAGGAACUACGACGACGGCAGGACACCGUACGGUGGUUGCUGGAAAACGAUCGCUACGUCACGCAAUUCGCCCAAUGUCUGAAGCAUCUGUCCAACGUCGGUUUGCUGUACCGAAAGAUCCUACAGGGCACGGCACGAAACGUCGACUGGAAGAUGCUGAAGAAGAACCUCUACUAUCUGUACUCGCUGUGCAAGGUGUGCGUAAUGGCGAUGGAAGAUUCCCGAACCACCGGGACGCUCAUUCACGAGGUUGGCCAGUACACGCGCAACCCGGGAAAUGCGAUCAAACACGUGCUCUACACCCUCGACAAGUGUCUCGAUCUGGAACGGGGUGACGAGGAAAACAAGGUAGUGAUGCGAGCAGGCAUCGACCCAACCGUCGAUCGAUUGCGCGAACAGUACGACGGUUUGCGGCAGCUCGUAAUGGAAUCCUCCCGGUUGGGCCUGGAAGGACUACAGCUCGACAUGGCGAACGUGUGCGUGACGUACCUGCCAUCGUUUGGGUUCGUCAUCAGCACGCAGGUUGACGAGCAGCUGCAACGGUCUGGCAUCCUAAACAACGCCUCGUUCGAGCUGGUGUUCCAGGCGGACAACACGGCCUACUUUCAGAUCAAUCUGUGCAAGGAGCUGAACAAUGAGUUCGGUCAGAUGGUCGCGCAGAUGAUCGAGCUCGAGCUUGCGCUUCAGAUGCGCCUGACGAGCUUCGUUGGGCACAAGUUUCCCGAGGUCAUGGGGGUGUACAAAUGGGCCGGUAAGCUUGAUGCCCUGCUGUCGUUGGCCACCGUGGCCAAAAUGCAUGGGUACGUUUGUCCGGUUCUUGCUGAUGACAGGGUGCUGCAAAUUAAUGCCGGCCGGCACGUUGUGGUGGAGCGUCGAGGAUCCUACCGCCCGAACGAUACAUUCGUCGGGAACGUCACCGGACGCAUGGUGAACGUGAUCGCCGCGGAAGGAUCAGUAGGAAAAACGACCUAUCUGAAGGAGCUAGCCAUCACGUGUUACCUAGCGCACGUGGGCUCUUUUGUACCAGCUGCCACGGCCCGGAUUCCGCUCCUUGACGCCAUCUACACACGGCUCGAUCACCCGGAAUCGAUCUUCAGCGGGCGAUCCUCCUUCAUGUCGGAGCUGUUCCAAAUGUCGAAUGUGCUACAGAACGCCACCUCCACCUCGCUAGUGCUGAUCGACGAGUUUGGCAAAGGCACGAACUAUCUGGAAGGAAAGUCCUUGCUGGUGGCAUCGAUCGAGCACUUGCUACGGCAAGGAUCACGUGCCCCGAUCACAUUCAUCACGACGAAAUUCACCGGUAUCGAGGCGUUUCUGCCCAACCAACACCCACAUCUCGCACUAACAGUGCACCGGGAGGUUCGGGAGCGUUCGCGUAACGAUUCCUGCCAGGACACGCUGGACGUGACCUCGAUCGACCCGGCUGAUGAGCGGUUGACCACCUCGUACCAGCUGGCAUUCCGUGCCGUAGCCUUUACCGUAAUAAAAUACCACCAAGCUAGUGGACGAGCGUUGGGAGCCGACACCGUACGGCAGUUGCUGGAGGCGACGCCAAUCACGCAGGUUCCGGAACGAUGUCUAGAAAUUUCGCAUGCUCCAAACGCACACGGCACGGCAUCAGUGACGUUACCGGAACCACCCGACGGAAGUGGUGGUCUUGAACGGCCGAACAGGAUUUGA